AUGACAGCCAGGUCCACUACUACUGCUGCUGCUACAACACAGCAUGUAACAUUACAACUACAACUACAACGAUCAAUAUCACUGGUGUUUGUACUUCUGCUACUGGUCCUCUCGUUUGGAACGCAUGAUGGAGUACAGGCAAGGAUAAUCAGCAAUACGACAACACUUGUUGAUUUCACUCUACUUAAUGGCGAGUCCUUGGUGUUGCAGAAUGCCAACAUCACACUUGUUGGUAUCACUCCCAACAUCUCUGCCGGUUCAAUCCUCACCGUCUCUGGCAACUGUUUCAUCUCCUCCGCCACUCAACUCCGUAUGACAUUCGACUCGCUCAUUGGUCAGACUGGCAUCCUCACACUCAACAACAAUGACUUGUUGAUCAAUAUGAAUGGUGGAGGCUUGCAGAUUAAUGAUAAAUUUGAGUUGACCUACAGUGGAUCAGUCGCCUCAGAGACCAUUAUUCUCUCAGGUGGCAAGGUGAACAUUGGCUCGACAGCUGAGCUUACGAUCACUGGCGGCCCAGCAGUUGGCACUGGCGUGCUGGCCAUCACAUCGGCCAUCAGCAACGGCAACAAGUUCAACUCACAACCAGCGAUGCGAAUUGUGCCCAGCUUGGUGCAGUCGGCCGCCGCCUCCGGCGCCUCCAUCUUCAUCUUCUCCGAGCUGCACGCCACAAAGGACUUUGAUACACUGAGCCUGUCGCGCACACAGCUCUUUGCCAAGGAGAUCAACCUGCGCAAUGGAAACCUCUACAUGGACAACGCUGCGUGGCUGACAUACUCGCCCAUUGGUGCCGCCAUCAACUACAAGGGCGAGAUGGUCAAGGUUUGGAACACGACCGUAGUGCUCAAGGCCAACAUGACAAUCGGCAACACAAAGAUGACGACCACCAUACCCCUGGGCAUCAUCAACUUCAAGACCGGCUCAACUCUGCAGCUGGCCAGCGCCACCACGCUCUUGCUGGACUUUUUGAUCAAUGGCCCCAACUACCAAAAGGCCGUGAGCAUCCAGUCGACGAUGAUCUUCUCGCAGGACAACGGCGUCAACUGUGGCGGCGCGAUCAACUCGUACACAGCCGACGAGAGAAACACCACGGCCAGGAUCAACCUGCAGACGCCAGACUUCCCAUCGGCAGUUCUGGGCGCUACAUGGGUUUGCUCGCCACAGGGCAUGUCCAUUAGAAUCUACAGUGUGUUCAACUCGGACAAUCUUGUCGUUCCACCCUGCAAUGUGACCGGCCAGAUCCGUUGCUACGGCUCCGACGUCUGUAUUGACAUCAACACAUCCAGCUGCUACACAACCUGCGCCAAGAACUCGGCCUCACCCAUCCGUGCCAACGCCGCACGUGUGACCAGCCCACUGCGCGCCAACUCCGACUCACUCCUCCUGGCCUCUGUCAGCGCCACCACCAACUUCACAUGUUGGGACGGCCAGUGCAUCCAGAACAGCUCCGACUGCAUGCCCUACCCCGCAUGUCCACUCGACCUGCCGCGCCGCUGCGCCGGCACAUGUGUGCGCCUCGACCAGGAGUGCCCACAGUGCAACGCCACCCACCCCAUCACCUGCGAGGCCGGCUGCUCCAACGUCACCACUUGCAACCCAUACAACGGCUGCCGCCUCUACCAGAUCCAGUGCCCCCAAAGCACUGCCUGCGUCGACAAGAUUGAGGACUGCGCCAAGUACGGCAACCACUCGUUGCCCCUGUCCGUGAAGCCGAUCAUGGCCUCGUCCGAUUUGUACUCUACGCUGAACAACUACGUGCCACUGUGGUCGCGCAGUGAUAACACCAACACCAUUUCAAUGUCGACACACAUCAUCAUCGCCAACGACUCGAUCGACCCCAACCAGACCACCGCGACCGCGCGUCCCAUCGCCGACUCGCUGGCCAUCAAAGUCAACGGCGCCGGAAUCAACAGCAACUUUGACUACUUCCAGCAUGUGCUGACCGCGCCCUUCAACAUCAAUGUGGACGGCCGCGACAAGUCCGAGUUUGACAACGGCCGCACUGCCUCCUUUAUCUUCUCCAACAUUACAUCCCCGGACGGCACCCCGAUCGACCCCAGCAACAUGUGUCUGGCCUUUAUCAAUGCGGCCCAUGAGUGGGAGUGCACGCCCUACCCACUCGUGCGUCUGGCCAAUGGCGCGCUGUCCGCCCAGACCAGCCACUUCACAUCGUUCGCCGUUCUUCUCAAGUCUAGCGACGAGGACGACUCAGCCGCCAGCAAGAAGCGCAUGGCCAUCAUUGUCAGCACGGUCAUUGGAGGAAUCGUGUUGCUUACCAUCACGAUCGCCCUGUUGAUCAACUUCAAGUUGAGAAACGUCUCCCUUCGUCGCUGGUUCGUCCAUCGCUCCGACCCCAACAUGUCGGCGCACACCAAGCUCCGUCGUAGUUUCAACAACUUUGUCUCGCACUCUGAGCAGUCGACAACAUCGACUACCAGUAGCGCAUAA